UUCAUCAAAAGUCGCCAAUGCCUCCUGACAGGAAUUCCUGUGCCACAAGUCUGUCAGAACCUUCAAGAAAUCUUAUCUUCAGAGGAUAUAAAAGAUAUAUGCUCAGAUCCAAACCACGAACUAAUGAAGCUCCUGGACACUUUGUGCAAGAAGCCUGUGAGGUACGGAAAGUGGUAUCUCGACUUACUGGUGGCCCUGCAGGAUCUCUCUCUUACGGCAACAGCAGAGGAACUUGAGAGUCAAACAGAAACAAAUACAAAGGAUGGAAACUCGGAUCUGGCAAACGUCCUGGGGAGGAAGGACGGAAGAAAUCUACCUCUCAUUUGCAGAAGCCUCCUCGAAACUGGUCAUCGACAAAUUGCAGAGGAUCUCCUCCGUUCUACCAAGGAAGACCUAACGGCAUACUACGUCGACACCGAUGUGACUAAAUAUCACAAUGAAGUGCUGCUUGCACUGGAAAGAGAAAUAAGUUUGCCGCACUUCAAGAGCCCCGUUGAAAGUAUAAAGAAAUCCGGAGGAGAGAUGGACCAAUUGAGGAGCUUGGUUGAGAGUUUGAAGAAAUCCGAAGAAGAAAGGAUGUACCAAUUUAAGGGUAUUUUUGACAGCUUGGAGAAAUCUAAAAUACAAAGGGCGGACCAGCUCCUUCUUCUUGUGAGUUACAUCCUGCUUUAUGUUCUGGGUCAGUAA